CCAGUGUGCAAAGUUACAUCCUCAAUGUGGGAUCAGUUCCUCGAUCUGCUUUGAGUAUGAGCAACAAUCGCUUCAGUCAGGAGAUUCCUGCUUCCCUUGUGACCGUAGCCUUAAACUUUCCCUCUAUCACAGGACACUUUGACAGUGGGAAGAAAGGAUUCCAAUGAACAUCAGCAAAUUCUGGAUGCAAACGUCCCGCAGUCAGUCCAGAAACUGAACUGAAAACAGUUUUGAACACGACCGUGAAAAUAGACAUGCUGACUGAGAGAGCCAGAACUGCAGAUCUCACUAAUCGGGAAGGAAGAGUGACUAGAAUAGUUGAACUUUAUUUAUACCCAAUGGGGCAAUUAGCUGCGCAGCAUUAAUCCAAAAGUGAAGUGAAAGUGCUUUUGGAGCUGUGUACGAAAAAAAAGCUGUAAUAUCUUUCGAGGAGGUGGAAUCAUUUACAGUGUGACCUCCAGUAUUUACAGAAAGGCUGUUGACCUGUUGUGUCGGUCUGAACCUACUUCCCUUGCGCGUGAUGAGAGGGUUCUCUGUUUGCUCAGAAACAUCAUUGACACUGUUGAAAUAGCAACCUCUCAACCUCCCUCGGCUCUCGGCAAAGGUGACAUUCGUGCAGCUCCAGCGACACAGAUCCGCAAACAUAAAGUGGGUGUGGUUUUUCGCCACAUUUUGAAACGUUACCUGGAGAAAAAAAAUCAAUCAAAGAUCUCGCCUUGGGCACCAACAUUGCCACGCAGCAAUGUGGAUGCGGUGGAAAGGCACCACACAGUCACAGAGGGUCUGAAACCACAUCCUGAGUCACGCCGCUGACAAUGACGCCUUCGCUCUGACACAGGCUGAAUCUUAUUCCACUAAACGUUCGCACACAGACAUCAGUGCGUGAGUGACUCAGGCAGCCGGGUGACCGAUUAAGAGGCAGGAUUUUUCAUUUCAAUAAAUAAUACAAGCUGCUGUGUUUCCCUGCGUCUAACCAGCGACUGAUAACAUUGGGUAAUCCCCAUGGCUCUUAAACCUGCGUGCUUAUUGUUUCUGUGGGACCUCACUUUGUUGAUACAUUGUGUCACGUCUUUGUGCAAUGUCACCUGCUCGACGGACUACAUUGUCUCACUGAAUUGCUCCUGUUCCGGUACUGUGCCAACAUAUCCUGUCCUACUUCAAGUCAGUUGCAGCAACGGAGAUGAAGAAGUUAAUGGCAGCUGUGAAGUCCAACUGCCUCAAUCCUGGUGCGUAAUGAAUCUGGAGUACCUCGAAGACGUGGCGUCCAUCGGGACCAUGUGCACUGCGACAGCCAGUCACCAAGGCGAUCAAGUAGUAACGCAGGCCAGUGGGUCAUCCACCUGGGCUCUGAGUGAUGUGGUGAAACCUCAGCCUCCUUUCGAUGUUCAAGUGACAAACAGCGACGGAUCCUACAACAUCACCUGGGCCAACCACCACCAAAAAGACUGUCUCCUAUACAGGGUGCGCAUACGCGAGAGCAAAGACUUGACAAAGGAUCCAGUUCAUUCCCUCCUCAUGGAGACAACGUACAUGCGGUUGCACCAGGACAAACUCCAGCCGCACGUCGCCUACACUGUGGACGUUCAGGCGAAAAUGUGUCCUGAAAAUGUUUAUCGCGGCCCGUGGAGCGAGUGGGGCGCCUCUGUGGAAUGGAGAACGACAGGGACUUCAGGAGAGGUUGAAGGGAUUUACAGAUAUUGGUGUUUUGUCCUUCUUCCCAUCUCCCUGGCCCUCUGCCUCCUGUUGCUGCAUUAUCUAAAAAAGACGUUUUGGCUGAAGAAGCUCCGGGUGCUCACGUUCAUCCCCGGGCCAAAAGUGUUUUUCGAGCCCCUCUACCAGGACUAUGGGGGGAACUUCAAGGAGUGGGUGAGGCCCUUAUUCAGCGAGUACGAUUACCCGAGGAUCAACUCGCACGCUCAGCUGAUGAGCGAAAAGCAGGACCGCGUCCUCCAGUGGAGCAAGGAGACGAAGACCCACAGGGAGGACGACGAGGCGACAGGAGGUGGCCGUUCCCUCCACAUGCUGUGGCCUCCCGGCAACGGGCUGCCGCACUUCCCGGGCGAGGGCGGCUCACAGGGCACCGGCCACUCGGUGGGACUCCUCUCCAUCCACACCGUCACCCUGUCGGGAGAGGAGUUUGAGGUGGAGGAGGUGAUGUCCCGGAGCUCCGUGAGCACGCUCAGAAGUUACCAAGACGGACAGAGCUUUGGGUCGUUUGAAGGGGACAACAGCGGGCAUGCCGGGUAUGAUUUAGAGACACCUCGGCUGGAUAGAAAAAACUGCGGGAUGUCACCGCAGCAUGAAAACCAAGCAGCCGACGGGUUAUCGGCAGAUGGUAUAAACUUCCAGCCGCGUGCCCAGUUUUUCGACGAGCCCGAGAGGCUGUCGCUCGACUCGUUCGCCUCGAACGAGCAGUCGGAGGACGGCUACCCUCGCGUGGACCUGGACACCGUCGACAGCGGUUUCGUGGAGUGCGGCAGCCCCGGGGUCUCAGACUCGGACGCGGGAGAGCAGGCAUACGCCGAUUUGUUCCACGAGCACAAAAACUCUAAUUCUAACUACGUCAAGCAGUGGAUGGUAUGUAACGCUAUACAGGAGGACCCCGGCAGCCCAGACAGUGAACUGCGUGAAACACACUGAGUGUUUUCUCGCCGCUUCCCCGCCACUCUCACAGCGCGUGGGCGCCGCGCAUUUUCCAACAUGGACAUUGUUGUUGGCGUUUUCACAGCAGACGUUGGAAUUAAAAGAAGGUUCUAGUUGUCUGGACAGAAUAUAAUCCUGUAUGUUGGGUUCACCUUGAAAUGUGAAGCUGUGCACACUUUGUAGUAUGUAUGUAUAUAAUCAGAUUCCUUUAUUUGCAAACUGUUUUUGUGUUUUUUGCUUUUUAAAAGGUGCAAUGUCAUCUCUGUCUAAAUGUCUUCUUAAAGAAUCGCUGAAAUGUUAGUCUCAAGGAUCAAACCAAUUAUGCACCGGAUCAAUUUAUUAAUAGAUCAUAAUCAAAAGGCAUAGUCUCAAAUCAGUCCAAUGGCACACUCCAGACCUCACAGACUUACGACGUAUGGUCCAUAUUUGCUUUGGUUGAAACGCCUGGAGAAAUGUUGGUUUUUUUUUUGUCACGUUGUCGUCGUGUUUCACACAGCUUCAUGUUCGCGCUGCAACAGCUUUUACUGCAGCGCAACGCAUGUACGCCGCCUUAUCAAGAUGUCUGAUAAAGUUGAGCUUUUUCUUGCGAGUGCAUUUUAACUGCAACCACUGUCGCCAUCCGUCCUGUUUUGUCCUGUUUUUGUCAGAAAAGUCAGCACAAAAAUGUGACCGUCUCUGAACUCGGAUCGUGAUUAUUUAUGUAAACUAUGUCAUUGCCAUCACCACCCUUUAUUUCUUCCAGCAAACGGCAUGUUUUCACAUGUUGUAUAGUAGCUGUACAUUCACAACAAUGGAGGCGCGACUGCAGUGUGCCACGUGAAAAUGGACAAACUAACUCAUCAGGAUAUUUCAUAGAGAUUCAGAGCACAUAGUUGUCAGCUUUGGGUGAAUAUCAGUGACUAAUAAUUUCUAACAGUGUUAAAGUGUCUGAGGGUGGAUUGUUCCUACUUGACAGGGCUCCUGAUGUGAGUGGGAGGGGGGGAAGUGUGCCUCAUUUACUUUCCACAGUCCUGAAUUUACCUGCCAGCUACUUCAAUCACUUAUUAAAGCACAGGUCUGUUUCGUCAUCUUCA